CUCUAUCAAAAGCAUGACUUCCUUUCUUUAAAACCCCUAAAAAACUAAACUCAGGGUGUGCACUGACAGAUGACAGACAUUGUCAGAUUAAGGCUGUGUGAUUUUGACAUUAACGUUGAAACGCAUUGGCCAAUAGGACGCCGCUUCUCCUGUGUAAAUCUAACCAAUCAGGGCGCAGCUCAUGUGUCUCCCUGUCUGUAUCUCCGCCUGCAUCUGAAUGGGUUUGUUUUGUGCGCCCAUGUGACCACGGUAGCACUUUGUGCGCUUCAGGAAUCAUCAUCUUCAUCAUCUUCAUCACCAGCAGCAGCAGCAGCAGCAGCAGCGUCAUCAGCCAGCGGGUGCUGAAGUGGACAGCUCCUCAUACACAAACCGAAACCAAAACACAGGCUCGCAUGUCUGGCAUGUGGACGCUCUGGAGCCAUUUCUCCUACUUGACUCUGAUCUCCAUUUUUUCCCUCCUCCUGACAAACAUUGUCAUCAGUGAGACGCCGAUCUGAGCAGAGAGUCGCCGCUUGUCCAGGUAGAUGUUCUGACACCUGUGGCUGGAUUCAGACACACACAAAAACCAACAACAUUUGUUUGGAUCUCUUUGAAGUCCAUUCGCAUGCUGAUGCAGGAGAGGUCGCUCCAGCAGUGCAGUUUGAUCUGAGUGCUGAAGCUCGGAGGUAAAGCCGUUUACGGCCGCAUUAAUUUCUAAGCUGCUCUGGGCGCCUGCCCGCAGACAGGAAAGAGCAUGGAUAGAGAGGAAUUUGCUGCGUUUAGGGGAUUUGCAGCUGAGGAUGUUCUCCUGUGGAAACUAAACUAAGCACCAGUAGCCCACUGACUGUUCGCCCUUCCACUCUCCGAAAUUUGUUGUUACUUGUUUCAAACCCGACCAGGACGUCGGGAUUCCGUGAUCAAUUAUGGGGAAAGAAGAAUGCAAAACAAUGCUGGACGCUUUGAACAAAGUGACCGCCUGCUACAGACACCUGGUCAUCGCUCUGGGGAGCACCUCGGACUCCCAGAACCUGCGGGAGGAGCUGAAGAGAACUCGCAAAAAGGCCCAGGAGCUGGCCGUGGCCAACAGGACCAAGCUGACGUCGCUGCUGAAAGACAAGAGCAUCAGCAAAGACGACCGGGCCGAGUACGAGCGGCUGUGGGUGCUGUUCUCCAGCAGCAUGGAGCUCCUGGAGGUGGACAUGAAGCGCUCCCUGGAGAUAGGGCAGGAUUUCCCUCUCAAGGUUCCGACCAGGCACCUGAUCCAGACCGGCAUGACCGGCGGCACCACCGCCGUGGCCGCCCGGGCCAUGAGCGUGCAGAACAUGAAAUACGAGGCGGACAGCAACAUCGACACGGCGGAUCUCAGGGACCUGCAGAGCGAGAUCUCCCAGGUGAGCCACAUGAUGGAGGAGAUGGAGCUGAAGGUGCAGGUGGCGCCGUGGGCUGUGGAGGCGAAGCAGGAAGCGGGAGCGGAGCUCAAGUCCAACAUGAGUGUGGGCAACUCCUCCGUGGGGGUCAUCUCCAUCUGCGAGGAGGAGCCCAAGGAAGAGGAGGGUGGCGGCGGCAGGGACACGGGCUUCGCGUCGAUCUGCGCCGUGGUGGUCUUUUUUGUCAUAGUGACAGUGGCUGUGGUUCUUGGAUAUUUGGUUGUCAACAUGUCCUGAAUCCUGCACGCCACUCAUAAACAACCCCCACUGGUGAACACCCUCUGGGUCUGCCCGCUGUGGCGGCGCCUGCGUGGAGCCUCAGGUCAGACAGAAGGAGGAGAGAGAAUGACCUUUUUAAAGACAUGCUGUUUAUAUUUCUCGGAUCUGUUCAAAUAAAUGAUGGAGUCGAAGAGUUUGCACUAGAUUAUAAUGUAGAGUCAGCAGAACAGAAAGACUGGACCGAGCACCGAAAAGUAUUCUGUGGGACGAGACCACUUUUUUUUCUUUUUUUUUUUAUAGAGCACGUGGGUGGAAGAUGUGACGUUAAAUGACGGCGUGUGUCCAUCAGGAUGAUGUGAACAACACUUAAUCCACGUGGAUUAGGGGAGAAGAUCAAGUAUAAAUGUAGCCUACUGUUAAGCAUUCCACUUAAAAUGACUGAUGCUAUGAAUUUGGGAUUUUAUGCCGGAACGGUCAGAGUGUUCUCAGAACCACAGAGGUUCCAGCAGAACUGGUGUCAUAACAUUUCACAUGUUACACAACUGGACUACAUUAAAAAACACAAUCAAAAACUGUACAGUGAGGUUUUAGAGAAAGACCGGUCUUUUUACUGGAUCCAGUAAAAGCAAAGUUCAAACCAAGAGCCUGUGGGACCUGAAAAAAACAACAAAAAACCAAACAGUUUAUGUUCCUAUGCAGGAGUUUUCCUUGCGCUCUGAAUGUAUUCUGUGAACUGUGAGGAUUGUGUACAAUCUACAGCUGUGUCAGGAAAUGUACAUAUAUACCGUUGAGUAUAUUUAUUAUAAUAAAAUGUUGAAAUCCUGCUGGAAGUUUGAAGAAAUAAUUCAAGGGUUUGAAGUGUUGGUACGUUUGGUUCUGACCCAGAGCUCACGUUGGUUUAACAACCUCCAAGAUAAGAGGAUUAUAAUUAACGACCCCUAAGGUUAAAGUAGUGUUUUAAAAUGGAGGUGAAACUAUCAAAAACACUUUAACCCUUUAAUGGUUUUAGUGAAGCCCCCCCUGUGGGUAAUCCCUGCU